AAGAAAUCUGUGAAGGUGUUGUCAAAGACUCAGCUCGCGAAAGGCGCGCAGAGCAGGACACCAGGACCCCCGGAAAUCCAUUGGCCAGAAGAACGAGCAGGUGCAGGCUGAGGUAUCUGCAUUGCUGUUUUGCUGUUUUGGAACGACCCGGUAGACUGGAUAUCUGAUGUGGUUAUCUCUGGGAGUCAGCGUCGCUUUCCCGACUAUUUUGAGAACUGAGCAACCGAACCCUCGGCGCCACCUCAGAUUUGGAAUCAGGUCCUCGGAGUUCUGGCAUCUGGACAGUCUCUUUCGGACGAACUGUCUUCUGUGUAAGACAGAAUUGCCGCCAUGUUUGUUGCAAAAGCGGAUCGGCGUCAAUUGCGCUUCUCGAGGGGGCCACCAGGAGCUUCGUUCGCAUGCAGGCACCGUUCACGUCUCCAUCAGGAAGGUGUGCUCCGAGACGUUUGACACAGCACGCCCUAUCCUGGGUAAUGCCCCUUGAAGCUCGUAGUGACUUCGGCUGUUGAAACCGGACAACAUCCAGUUUGCGGCGAUGAGAUGUCACCUUAUACCCAAUGCAGCAAGUGACUCAAGGCUGC